AUGCUCUCAUCGACCAUCCCCGGAGCCACUCACCCCGGCCGCCGAACCCAUAUGAGCCAGGCACUCCCCAUCGACAUCGACAGCGACGGCGAUCUCGGGAACUAUCUUCGGGGCCUCAAAGCGCGUGACCACGAGCUCCAGGAGAUCGACGACGACAUCGAUGCCCCGUUAGCGCCGCCGUCGACCGCUACUUGCCCCCCGCUGCCGUUUGCGAAGAACGUGCUCCAGCGGCUUCAACAGCUUAAGUUUACCGUGGAUCGGGAACAGGAUUUAUCUAUAUUAGAUCUUCCGGUCCCCAAAACCCCUCAGGAACUUCGCAAUUACGUAUUUGAAAACCCGCCGCCGCCGCUUCCUUGGUUUGUUGUGGGCAUUUCUAGAAGCCAAGUAUUUGAAAUUGUCGGUCUUUUCACCGAAUGGCUCAGUGCUACCAGUGACGAUAACCUUAGUGUGUGGAUAUGGACGGUGUUUGUUCGGCUAGACCGAGAGAUGGAGGCGAAUGAGAUGGCGGUGAUCCGCGGGUUGGGCAAGAAAGCAGCGCAAUUGCUCAAUGAAGUCGACCAAUCCAACCCCGCUCGGUUUACAUUGAAUAUGGUGGUGGUUGUAGUGGCAUAUUAUUAUGGUCAACUUGAUCUUCUUGCUGAUAUUUCUCCAGACCAAUUGGAUAUGCCUGCCGAUGAAGGCGGCGAGAAAGGCAAUGAAAUCAUGGGCGAAACCUUCGAGCCGUAG